AUGGCUAAGCAUCAUCCUGAUCUCAUUUUCUGUAGAAAACAGCCAGGUGUCGCUAUCGGUCGCCUAUGUGAAAAAUGUGACGGUAAAUGCGUUAUUUGUGAUUCUUAUGUGCGGCCUUGUACACUGGUGCGUAUUUGUGAUGAAUGCAAUUAUGGAUCAUAUCAGGGUCGGUGCGUUAUAUGUGGAGGUCCCGGUGUUUCAGAUGCGUAUUAUUGCAAAGAAUGUACUAUUCAAGAAAAGGAUAGAGAUGGGUGUCCAAAGAUUGUCAACUUAGGAAGUUCAAAGACAGAUUUGUUCUACGAGAGAAAGAAAUAUGGUUUUAGAAAACAUUAA